UAGGUGGCUGCAGCCUGUGCUUUAGUUCUCUGUCAGGACGUGAGCAGUGACAGUUUGUGCGGUUAAUCACCAUAAUAAUCACCAUAAUAAUCACCAUAAUGGCGGUGGAUGUGGAGCAGUGGUCUGGUCCUCUGUCCCUCAGUGAGGUGGACGAGAAGCCAAACAAAGCCCUGAGGGUUAAAUACGAGUCUGUGGAGCUGGACGAGCUGGGGAAAGUUCUCACACCUACACAGGUGCAGAACCGGCCCACAGUGAUCGAGUGGGAAGGCUGCGACUCCAGUAAGCUGUACACUUUGGCCAUGACCGAUCCGGACGCUCCGAGCAGGAAAGAUCCCAAAUUCAGAGAAUGGCAUCACUUCUUGGUGGUGAACAUGAAAGGGAACGACGUGUCCAGCGGCUGCGUGAUGUCUGACUACGUCGGUUCUGGUCCUCCAAAAGGAACCGGUCUCCAUCGUUACGUGUGGUUGGUGUACGAGCAGCCAGGAGCUGUGAGCUGCACCGAACCCGUCCUGACCAACCGCUCCGGAGACAACCGCGGGAAGUUCAAAAUACAAAAUUUCCGCAAGAAAUACGGCUUCGGCGCUCCGGUGGCCGGGACGUGCUACCAGGCAGAGUGGGACGACUACGUCCCCAAACUGUACGAGCAGCUCGCAGGGAAAUAAACGGAAACGUUUUAUCGCGCGAUUAUUAAGGAAUCAAGGGCGGAGGAGAUAACGACGAAAAAUUAAACAGAUUCAUCUUUGUUUGUAUAUUUGUUAAGACGUCAUGCAAAAAGAAAUUAACGAACGUCAAUAGUUGCUAUGCAGAUUUAAUUAGGUAUUGUGAUGUCAUCAGUUAUUAAACCCUCAACGACCGGUCGAGAUAAAAUCAGAACCAAACACGUUGCACUUAACGAGGAGAUUUUUCUUUUAUUAAAUUUUAGCUUUGUUCUGCCCCUCUUGCCUUGUUCCUACGGAUACCGCGUUGGUUUUUCCCGCCCCACGUGAACGCGACGCUCCGUCACGUUCUCGUCUUGUCAUAGGAAUAAAAGAAUGAAUAAAAAGACCUUCAGACGUG